GACAACAAAUAACAGCCACAAUAGCUGUGUCAUUCUUCAUCCAAAGACUUUUGCACUGAAAUAGACUGGAAUGCAUACAUCGUUCAUGAACCAUCGGCGACCCACAAUAUCAUCAUGUAUUUUAACGUCUUCAGCCGGGAGUUAUUUUAACUGAUGCUAGUCAAUCUGAAACUUAGCGAGAGGCUGUGGAUGAAAUACUUUUUGCCAACUGACUGUUGUCAGCCUAGUCAUAGCAUUUUCAUUAGAAGCCAAGCAGUUUAAUGUCAUGUAUGAUUUUAUUUGCACUAGUAGUGACAACCAUGUUUAUAAACAGAAAAAAUACGUCGAUAUUUUAAAUCCAGAAACAGAAAGGUAUCUCAAAUAUAUAAAUUCCAAUUGUGACGUCAUCAGCAGUAGAGCGUUACAAGAACGGUAGAAAAAUAAAUCCCAAGUACCCUACAAAAACGCUCUGGACGUAAACAAUGGAGGGCGAGAAGGAAAAAACUUCGACGUCUCAAGAAAAUCCCUCAGAAACACAAGAGAACCAGGAGCAGGAGAAUAAACACACACCCGCCAAGCAAAAGAUUGAUGUGUUGCUGAAGGCCACGGGUGACGCACCCAUCAUGAAGAAAAAAAAAUGGGCAGUGGAAGGGGAGAAGCCAGUAGGUAGGGUAGCAGAAUUCAUACGCAAGUACCUCAAGCUUGAAGCUUCAGAUUCUUUGGUAAGUAAAUGGUUCAUGUUUAAUGGAAGAGUGAGA